AUGGCUUUUUCACCUCGAAAGCCCGACGUCCAGACCGAUGGCCAUGAACCCAAAAUUCAGGACGUCGUAGUGGUUGGCGCGGGCAUCGCGGGGCUUGCGGUUGCUAAUGCCCUUCGACUCAAGGGUAUAAAUGUCACUGUAUACGAACGUGCGUCACAAUUGGAUCGACAACGGGGAGCGGGUACGGGCUUGAGUCCCAACGGCCAACGAUGUCUGCACGCGCUGGGGUUCUCUCAUGAGAUGGUGUUGGACGUGUCCACCCCUAUUCGUGAACACAUCCUCUGCAACGAAGACCGAGUGCUGGUCCGCUCUGAUUACCCCUGGCGUUUGUAUGAAAAAUACAAGAUGCCUAUCACAGGAACGUUGAGGGGAGGUUUAGUAAAUAUGAUGGCCGAACCCCUUCGAAAAAGCAAAAGCCUUCAUUGCGGCGAAGCUGUAACAAACGUGGAGGAACGUCCUGGAACGGGGAAAAUUAUUGUCACAUUGGCCUCGGGAAAAACCCAUGAGACCGAUUUGGUGGUAGGAGCAGACGGCAUUCACAGCACGUUGGCCCCCUUGGUGCUGGGCAAGGAGAUGGAUCCUCCCAUAUACACAGGCUCUUCUAUUUUUUUUGGUGUCAUCGACAACUUUCAGAAAGGCCCGCAAUCUUUGCCACCCGCAGACACGACUCAAUUGGCAGGUCUCAUUGAUCACCCUGCGGCCAUCGUCCAGGUCCUUGGGCCCAUCAAACUCUUCCUCGUGGCCGGGGGGGCAGGCUCGGAGAAAAAAUUGGUGUGGAAACUGAGCUAUCCCACGCAAACGCCUCCGAUGCGCAAGGAAUGGGCUCUCGCUGAAGGGACAGUCCGCAAGGAGGUGCAGGCAUACCUUGACGAACGUAGGAAUUCUGGGGCGAAAGUUGCCACCAUCUCCGUUAUCCAGGACUUGCUGGAUCGUACAUCCGACGCCCGAUUGCUCCAUUUUGGGCUCUUCUCCCGCAAGGAGAAGGCGUACUGGCACAAGGAUCGCCUGGUUCUAAUUGGUGACGCGGCGCAUGCUACCUUGCCGCAUGUCGGACAGGGUGCGAACAUGGCACUGGAGGACGCCGUGGUCCUGGCCGAUGCCCUGGAGGCGCACGACUUUCGGCACGUGGAAGCCGCCUUGAGUUCUUUUUAUGCCCGGCGGCGGGAACGAACGAAGCGGAUAGUGGAGUCGAGUAGGGUCAUGGGCUGGUUCUUGGACGCGCGGACUCCAGUGGGCGUGUGGCUGAGGAAUGCCGUAUUGGUGGGGGCCAUGCGGAUGGAUUGGUACCUCAAGUUCGCGGAAAAGGAAGUGAUCGGAGGCUUUGUGCUUGGAAGGGAUGAUGCCAAGGGGGAUUAA